AUGAACGGUACAAAUAUCCUUCCCAGUCAGAAUGCAAUAGGUUCGCGGCCAGCAAAACCCCCUCCAACUGGUCUCGCUCCUUCUGCCCCUGCCGUCGCGCCUCCUCUUCUUCCUAAUCAUCCGAAUCCACCCACUCCAAAUCGAACAGUACCACCCCAUUCAAAUAACACCGUCGUUAAUGGAACCUACUCGCACAAUCAGAAAGGAAAGAAGAAGAACGAUGUUCCUGUCGAUCCUGCUACUAUGUACGAGUCUCUCAAGAGCAGGAUCGCAGCUCUCGAAGAGGAGGAGGUGCUAGAGGAAGAAGAGGAGAAGAUAUUUGCUGAGGAGGCUGUAAAGUCGGUGAAGGGAAUGGAGGAAAAUGCGGUUCAUGCCAAGUACAUCGAACUUUUCGCAGAACUCAAACGAUUAGAACGCGACCAUGCAAAGGAAAAACAGAAAUUGGUCAAGGACAAGGAUGCCGCAAAGGGUCAACUGACGAAAGCUAACCAGACUAAAGUUAAAAUGGAGAAUUUGGCGCGCGAGCUCCAAAAGGACAACAAGAGACUACGGGAGGACAGUAAACGUCUAGCACAAUGCAUAGAAGAAGCACAAGAAGAGAUCAUGCAGAUGAAAUCGGACAUGGCAAAACGAGUCGACAAGGCCAAAACGCAAGACGUCAAAUACCGCGAGAUGCCUGACAUUGUCGUGAAGGUCGUCUGCCGAUAUCGAGCCGAGCUCUUCUUCAAAAUCUCGCGCAAGACCAAGUUCUCCCGACUGUUCAAUGCGUGGACGGACAGAAUGGAGGCGACGGGUGGGAAGAAGGAGGAUGGAAAAACACCGGUGAGCGGGAAGCAGAUGAAUGGCACUGCCAAGUCAGAAGCCGCCAGCACGCACACCUUCAUCUUCUCCCAUAACGGACGGACAAUAGAUGCGGAUCAGACUCCAGAAGAGCAGGGUGUAGAAGACGGAGAUGAGAUUCUUGCGGUAGAGCUCAUGGACCUUACCGAAGGACCCGGGCUGGAUGACUGGUCUCGUCGUCAGCGGCUCAGGAAGAAUUGGACGGAUGAUCCGCAAGACGCCCGACGAUCAUUGGAAGACAUAUUCGAUGGCGUCGUACGAGAACGACUGAAGGAAGUUCUCCGACAAUACGAGCUUCGCGAACGACAUUUUGAAUGCCUAGAAGUUCUCCUAUCUCGCGCUCGAGCAGCCGAGCAGAAGCAACUGGCUGAGGGGGAGAAAACCCGUGCCGAUAGAGUGGACGACGAGAAUCAGCAUAUCCGAAAGGAGCUAGAAGAUGCGCAGAACGGUCAAACAAUGUUGAUCGAUAAGCUCAUUACCUGCUGCAAGGAGCCAAAUGCCGAGCGGACACAACGCUUAUUCGCUUCUCUUCGAGAAGAGUUGGAAAAGCGGGGAGCCAAACUUGCAGAUGACGGUCCUGUAGGAGGUUGA